GGAAAUACAUCGGAGACCCGUCACAUUUGCUAUUUGCCUGCAUAAACUUGUGUGGCGUGAUUACAGCCGAUAGUCUCUGCAUGCUCUUUGUUUCCUGCUCAUUAUUACGAGCUAAUGAACCAAAUCAGCUAGGACCUUAGACCGCGGGCAGUUGACAUAUGUGUCGGGUUACGCAAUGAACGUGACAGUGACAGAGUGAUUUCUUGUACAUAAAAAACGCUAGUUAAGCUAGCAGGCUAGCUCGCUCAAAACCUCUCUGGGGUGUCCGCGGUCGCUGGAGCUCGACGAAAGUGGACUGUGAAGCCCAGGUUGUGAGUGUCGGCAGCAGUUUGGAUAGUUUUGAACUGCCUUUUCCGUGUCUGUACUUCAAAUGGCUUUGGUAACGGCUUUCAGAAGGCUUGCUCACGUAAGGCUACGGGAGUAUACGCGGAGGACGGCGGCUGUAAGUUGGAGCGCCUGGCUGACGGGUCAGAGGAGUUUUACCACAGGGACGCAGCCUCUGAGGUCAGACAACAAGGUGACGAUCCACUUCAUCAACAGAGACGGAGAGAAGAUCACAGUGAAGGGCUCGCCUGGAGACUCGCUGCUAGACAUCGUCAUUAACGAAGACCUCGACUUUGAUGGUUUUGGAGCGUGUGAGGGCACCCUGGCAUGCUCCACAUGCCAUCUGAUCUUCGACGAGGACGUCUACAAGAAGCUGGGGCCGGUCACAGAUGAGGAGAUGGACAUGCUAGACUUAGCUUACGGCCUGACUGACACAUCUCGUCUGGGCUGCCAGAUUUGUCUUACCAAGUCCCUGGAAGGCAUCGUGGCCCGGGUCCCCGAGAGCGUAGCGGACAUCAGACAGAGCAAAGACGGCUCCUCCUAACAGACGUGACGUUGCAGACAGCAUAAUUGGGGCUGAGGGUUUGUUCUGUAUGCACAGGGAUGAUGGUGGGUGUGAAAUCUGUCAGCACUGCCUCUGCUCAUCCCUCCUUUUUUUAAAAAAGAAAAAACACAUUUUCAACUAGAGCCAGCUCUGGACCCCCAGGUCAUGUGAAACCAGAACUCUUUACUCAGAAGGCAGAAUCACUUUUAUAGGCAAGAUUUUUAGACUAGUGGAAGACAGACUUAUUAACUAUUAAUCUGCACUGAUUUAAGGUUUUUAAUCUCAUAAAGACGUCUUCACCUCAGCUUACACUUCCAUCUGGACCAGAAACGUCUCAAUGCAACAUUCAACUCUCUUCUUUUUCACUGAACAAUGCAAUGAAAUGGUGCAUAGCUGCUCACAGCAUGACUGAAACAUUUGAACCAACUAACAGUUCAACGCCUUAAAGAUUGUGCUGAUGAUGACCUCUGUAAACCUCUAUUUUAUUCCACCUAUGUAUACCCACCCCUACUAUUGUUUGUUUGAUCCAAUCCAUCAUGUAACCGUAUAAUUUCAUCAUGAUUGUACAUAGCUAGAACACAAACGUAUACCUAUGUAUAGAGUGAAAAAGAAUGUAAUAAAAAUCACCUUUCUAA